AUGUCCGGGCUUCUUCAAGGGUUGCAGGGGACCACGCACUCGUCUCAGGUCUCAGCACUCAGCACUCACCAUCUCACCUCUGGCAUCUCCUCUCUCAUCUCACUCACUGUCUCAUUCCAUCAUCACUACGUCAUCUUGCAAGUUCAUUCCGUCAUGGCCAAAGACAAAGGGAAAUCUCGUGCGAUGGAUACGUCACCGCUGCUCUCACCCACACUCCGCCCACCGCCAUCCACACUGCUAGACCCGACCGAAGACCCAGCGGCCUCUUCAUCCUACAGUACAUUCCCACCCACCGCACCUCUUCAGAGAGGACAGAGUUACGCAUUGACCGCUUUCCUCUCUUUCCUCUCUCUCGCCGGCGUGGCUGUGCUUCUAUUACUACUACUUGGUUGGUCAUAUGCCUAUCCUUCAUCAUCUUCCAACGUCGUACACGCUCUCCAUGUCCGUGGUCCAUCAAGCAUAUCAGUAACAAACUUCACCUCAGAAGGUCUGUAUUUGAGAGUACAAGGAGAGGUAGGAAUAGAUGCCGACUGGGUACUAGGGUUCAGGACAUCAGACGACCAAGUGAGCUGGGCGGAGAGGAUCAGGAGAGCCGUCGGUAGAUGGGGUGUAAGAGAAGUAGAAGCCCUAGACGUCCGAUUAGGCAACAUCGACCUCGUCUCCACUUCAUCCCGAGCACUGCUGGCAACCCUCUCCCUCCCUCCUCUCACUCUCCCCCUCACCCCAAACCUACGCGCCACAGACUCGAAGCUCGCCCCUCCCUGGCUCAAGCCAAUAUCCGUCGACGUUCUCAUCCAUCCCAGCACCGACCCAGAGGUACUGACGACGUUCGCCAAGGAGAGCUGGGCAAAGGGACGCGUUGAGAUCGAGGCGGCGUGUGAGUGGGUCCGUGUCACUCCUGCUGCGCUCGCGCUGGGAGGAGAGGGAGGUUCGACUUGGGGUUGGCCUAGCUUGGGGGAACUGUUGACUGUCAAGAAGGGGAGGGUUGAUACGCCCCUCCGAAUGACUAUACCUAGCUUACCCGGCUUUCCUCGGCCUGGGACUCCUUUGAAGGACAUGCUCAACCAGUUAACGAUAGAGGGGUAUGCUGUCCACCCCCUUCCCCCCGCUCAAGCUCCAGGACCUACUCUGCCUUCUCCUGUUCCGGGAGAGCCUGGAAAGAGCAAACCGAUACUAGCGAUCAAGGGUGCCGCUUCUGUGCCUUUUCCCGUGCUACCGUUCCCUUUGAGCGCCUUCGACUGGCCGUAUGAAAUCCCGUUCCUCGUCUCCCUCCUCCCGUCCAACAGGACUAACAGCACCGGGAACGACACUUCUCCCACCCCGAUCCUAGCAAGCCCAGAACCAACAGCGACCCUCUCCCCUCUCCCGAUCGCCGCUAUCCACACUUCUCCCCUCUCCCUCCCACCCCCGGGGAAGAGACUCAACAUCACACUGCACGGCGAGCUUCUCCCACCGCCACCCUCCUCCCCGCUCCUCUCCGCCUUCCUCAGCGCUUACCUCUCCGGCCACUCCUACCCCGUACUUAUCACCUCCCCACCCCCAUACACACUCCCCACCUUCCUGCACCCUUUCCUCUCAACCCUCCACGUUUCCUUCCAUUUCCCGGGCGCAUCCCCCCCUCCCCAACUACUCGACUCCGUCCAGAUCCGCGACACCCGUAUCCUCCCCUCCAACAAGCCCAACGAAUUCCUCAUCAGCGGGCUCAUCCUCGCCCACCUAAAGCUGCCCCCAGCGUUCAAAGACCUCAUCUUCAGCGCCAAAGAGGUACAGCCAGAUGUGUACAUCACCGAUGGACCCCCUGAGUCAGGGCUGGGGAACGCAUUUGCCCGUCUCUCACCCCCCGCACUCCCCUGCUCACAGGAGAACAUGACAAUCCUUGCUCCGCUGGACGAAGUGCCCGUGCAUAUCCUGCCUGGGAGGGAGAAACGCUUUAGAGAGUUCGUACAGAAGGUUUUGUGGAAGGGGAGUGCGUACGCGGGCGUGGAGGGGGAGGGUGCGGUCCGGGCUGGAGUGGGAGGGUUGGGAGAGGUGAGCGUAGCGGGCGUGCAUGUUAGAGGCGGGAGUUGGGUGGGGAGGAAGGGGGAGGAGGGAAGGGAAGAAGAGGUGGUUAGUGGUGAGCGGGAGGGGCUAAGGGUGCACGACAGCUGGGUCGACCUGUGGGAGGAGACAUUCCGUGCUUGGGAGGCACUUGUAUAG